CUUGCUCCGUGGCCCAAGAGAUCGGGGUGAGGAAGAGCAGGCGUUGCUGAGCUGCAAGGGCACGUGAGCGUUCAGCGAAAGCCGGAAUUCGGACAGAACUCUUUAGAAAACUACGAACACCCACGCUUAAGCCCGCAGGACGACCGACGAGUGCGACGACCAGAACGGCCAUUGAGAUCAUCAGGAUCGACACUUAAAAAGGCAGACGAAGAGGAGUGGUGCUCUCCUUGAGGUAGCUCUCACAGACAUAGAUAUCUCAACUCUCUGAGAAAUACCAAAAUGGUCAAGGAGACGAAGUUCUACGACCUGCUGGGCGUCAAGCCCGAUGCCUCGGAGAGCGAUCUCAAGAAGGCAUACCGUAAGAAGGCUCUCGCUCUUCACCCAGACAAGGGAGGCGAUCCAGAGCUUUUCAAGGAGGUGACAUCUGCAUACGAGGCUCUGUCUGACCCACAAAAGCGUGACAUGUACGACCGCUUCGGCGAGCAAGGUUUGAGUGAAAGCGGUGGCAUGGGCGGCGGUAUGGACCCCCAGGAUCUCUUCUCGCAGCUCUUCGGCGGAGCCGGCGGCUUCUUCGGUGGUGGCGGAGGACGAGGGCCUCGAGGACCUCGCAAAGGCAAGGACCUCGUUCAUCGCGUCAAAGUCACUCUGGAAGAGCUGUACGUUGGCAAGACGACGAAGCUGGCACUGCAAAAGCACAUUCUGUGCUCCAAGUGCGAGGGUCGUGGAGGCAAGGAGGGAUCGGUCAAGACAUGUCAAGGUUGCCACGGUCAGGGUAUCAAGGUCGUUCUCCGACAAUUGGGACCCAUGGUCCAGCAGAUGCAGCAGACGUGCCCCGACUGCCAGGGUGCUGGCGAGCAGAUUGCACCAAAGGACCGAUGCAAGCAAUGCAACGGCAAGAAGAUCACUCAGGAGCGCCAGGUCCUCGAGGCAAGGAUCGACGUUGGCAUGGAAGAUGGCCAACAGAUUGUAUUCAAGGAGGCUGCCGACCAGGCUCCCAACACCAUUCCGGGCGACGUCGUCAUCAUUGUCGACGAGCAGCCCCACCCUCGAUUCAAGCGAAGGAAGAACGACCUCGUGACCGAUGUUGAGAUCGACCUUUUGACAGCGCUGGGCGGUGGAAAGAUUCAGAUCGAGCAUCUCGACAAGCGUGCCCUCAGCGUCGAGCUGCCGGCGGGCGAGGUUGUCAAGCCAGGUGCGAUGAAGGUUCUCCGUGGCCAGGGCAUGCCCUCGUAUAGGCACCAUGAGAUGGGCGAUCUUUACGUCAACCUCUCUGUCACAUUCCCCGACUCGAUCCCGAUCGAGAGGAUUGCACUCCUGGAACAGGCCCUCCCGCCCCGUUCGGAGCCAUCGAAGGGCAGAAAGGAUCUCGAUGUGGAGGACGUCGUCAUGGACGACAUUGACGAGCGUGAGGCGAAGCAGGCAAGGAGCAAUGGUGCCGGUGCUGGCGGCAUGGACGACGACGAGGAGGGCCCUGAUGGCGGUCCUGGCGUGCAGUGUGCCCAAGCUUGAUUAUCACUCUCUCUUUGGGUUC